CACGACGCCAUGGCUGAACCUAGCAAGAGCAUGAUGGAGCAAGAAGAAGAAGACAACAAUUCCUCCCUUUCAAAUCCAUGUCCUAUCUGCCUCGGAUCUUUCGUUGAGGAGUCAUACAUGGAUCAAUGUUUUCAUAAGUUUUGCUACAAUUGUAUAUUACGCUGGAUGAAAGUGGUUAAUAGCAAGCACUCUAGCCAGCUUUCUUCUGUGAAAUGUCCUCUUUGCAAGAAUACAACACUAAUAUGCAGAGAGAGAGUUCAUCUAUCAUUCAUGGGUACGAUGGACAUUAUUUUCAACGGCACUAUUUCAAUGAGGAUUCUAGAAGUAGUCUAUUCUUUUCGGAAGCUCACAGAUAUAGAUUAAAAUGCUACUACAUUGAACAACAAGAUCUGCUAAGUGACAAGUUUAAUGUGCCGCGGUAUUGGAAAUCUCGUAAGUAUCUUCAGCCAAAUAAGUGGCUUGAAACCUGGCUGAGAAGGGAAGUCCAGGCUUUAAUUCAGGAAGAAAACGUUGACAUCAUUGUUCAUCACAUUGUGGGUGUUAUUGACUCGUUUAGAAGGAAUGACGAAAGAUCGAUUCUAAAACAAGAAGAAUUUAAGGGAUUGAUUUCAGAAGCAGCACGGCCUUUCUUAACAGGAAGAACAGAUAGAUUUGUGAAAGAGGUGGAAGGGUUUCUUGCUUCGGGAUUUACAGUGGAAGCAUAUGACAGAGUUUACUUGAAGCAUUUAGGUUGGAAAGUGAAUGGAAUAAUGGCCUUUAGGGAUGAAGAAGAAGAAGAAGAAGAGAAGGAAGUUAUUACUACACACUUAACUUCAUAUUUGUCUGUUUUUGAUUCUGAUGAAAUUGUCUAGAGGAAGAAGAAGAAGAAGACAACUUUGCAAUCAAUUUUAUUUGUAUUCUAUCAAUUAAAAAUUGCCUAUUUUCCCCUUG